CUUCUACGACGACGACGACGUCGACGGUGUUUUGUUUCGGCACCGGCCGUCCGCGAUUUUCGCUCGCGUCUCCGUCGAGACGCGCAACAAUCGCCGAGCGCGCGAGGAAAAACAAAAGAACGUGCGUCGUUCGCGAAAGAAGGGAAAACAAAAUAGCGUCGCGGAAAUAUAAAGGAAAACACGAUUCAUUUGGUCGGUGCGUUGUUUUUGUGUAUAUCUUCAAAAAGUGUUAGUUGUUAUUAUAGAUUCUAUAAGAAAAAAAUUCUUUUGUGAGGGUAGGCGCUGUUGUUUUUUUUUUUCAAUGAGAUCAGCGCGAUUUGCAAGAGGAUACGGAUUAGGAUUCUCGGUAUAAAAAAUUCUGCAAGUAAUUAGAAAAAAUAACUGAGACUGACUAGUGUGUGAUUCGCGUUGAUCGUGAUAGUGAAUUGGUCUGUGAUAUAAGUUCAGUGCGGUGUGAAGCAAGAUGAUGAAAAAAGAGAAGCCGAUGAUGUCGGUGACAGCUAUAAUUCAAGGGGCGCAAGCUGCUCAGCAUUGGGGUAGGGGAUUGGGUGGGUUUGCACCCCCUCAGAUGUCUUUAGGUUAUCCGUGCGCCAAUGGUCUGACCCUCGACCAGAACCUGUCGAUAGGUCCGCUGGGCCCGCAGUCGCCCCUCGAGAUGAAACCGGACGCGGCCGCCCUCGGCCAGUUCAGCCCCCAGGGACCCAACAGCCCCAACUCGUACGCUUUGAGCCAGGUUGGGCUGCUCAGUCCCUCGCCAGGAGGAGGUGGGCAGAAGGGCGGCCAGGGUAGCCCCUAUCCUCCCAACCACCCGCUGAGCGGGUCGAAGCACCUGUGCUCGAUUUGCGGGGACAGGGCCAGCGGCAAGCAUUACGGAGUUUAUAGUUGUGAAGGAUGUAAAGGAUUUUUCAAAAGGACUGUCAGAAAAGAUCUGUCAUACGCAUGUAGAGAAGAAAGAAACUGUAUAAUAGAUAAAAGACAGAGAAACAGAUGUCAAUAUUGUCGAUACCAGAAAUGUCUGGCCAUGGGUAUGAAACGGGAAGCGGUACAGGAGGAAAGACAAAGGACGAAGGACAAGGACACCUCGGAGGUGGAGUCCACGUCCAGCAUGCAGGUGGAUAUGCCGCUGGAGAGAAUAGUGGACGCGGAGAGACGGGUGGAGACCAUGUCUCUUGAAGUGAGUAAUAUAAUCACUAAAACAGAUAUAAAGAAUAUCAAUAGCAACAUUCGCCAAGCCUCCAAUGCUCACUUAGCUCACCUGCUGGAAUGGGCAAAGUUAUUGCCCCAUUUUACAGCCCUCAAUUUGCAAGAUCAAAUAAUGCUGUUGAAGCACAGUUGGAACGAACUGCACAUAAUUGCGCUGGCGUAUCGGUCUUUGGGAGUGGAGGAGGGUAUAGUGCUGUCAACGGGGUUGACCAUCAACAAGUCAACGUCACAUGCCAUCGGAAUAAUGAACAUCUACGAAUGGGUUCAAGAUUUUAUAAAGAAGUUUCGGGAAAUAAGGGUGGACGUGACGGAACUGGCGUGUCUUCGAGCUGUCAUACUUCUGAAUCCAGAAUUGCGAGGACUUGUCUGCAAAGAUGACGUCAAUAUUCUCCGUGAAAAAGUAUACGAAGUGAUGGAAGAGUACGUUCGCAAUACUUAUCCUUCAGAACCCGGACGUUUUGCCAAGCUUUUGCUCAGGCUGCCUGUACUACGUUCCAUUGGACUUAAAUGCCAAGACUAUUUAUUUUUUUACAGGCUACCCAACGAGACAUCGCUUGACAAAUUCCUGGCAGACAUGCUCGAAAACGCCAGAAACUCCUAAGCAGCAACGUUAAUUCUAUUUUAAAUUUAGGAUUAGUAAGUUAAAUAAAUAUUUCUAUUACACUAAAAAAAUUAUUAAACUAAUUCCUACGACACUGUAUAUUGAGACACUAAAUAAGAUAAUAAGUAUACUUAUAAAUGAUAAAAAUGAAAUGGAAUUGUGUGAUAGAAGUAUGAUUAAAGUAAAUAUUAAAUAUUUCUUUUAGAAAAGAGAUUUUAGGGAGGGAAAGACAGAAAACUUCUUUUCUUUUUAAUUACUACAGUAAUUGAACCUCGAUAAUGUUUACUGACAAAUGACGUUUUUUGUUUUUAACUAAAAAAAUUUCUAGAUUAGUUAACAUUCUAGUUGAAUACGUUUUCUCAAAGACAAGUAUCAUAAAUUUAUUAAAAGAAAACGCAUUGAUACUAAUUGCGUAAAAAAUUAUACCGGGUGUUCUGCAUUGUCGUUGGAAACAUAGAAAAUCGCAUACAAAUUUUGAACUGUCCAAAGAUUAUUGGCUCUCCUGUUGGUGUGUUAUCUGUGAUUUUUUUCUAUGCCUUUAGGCUUUUACAUAAUUCGAACAAGUUUUAAAUUACAAAAUGCAUUUCGGGGAUACUAACUUUAGGUAUUAACGUAGUAGUGUAAACAGCACCAUAAAAUAAUUAACUAGAAAGAAGUGUCAACUCUGUGUUAAAUCGUGGAAACACGAUACGCCACCGAAAGCCUUCGUUGUCGUCUGGAGAACUAAUUUUCCAAUUG